UUGGAAUGGACUGUUCCGAUCCUCAUCCCGGAAAAGACGACAGACAGUAUGGCCGCCAGCGGGUCUGAGGAAGGAGGUUGGAAACAAACACUUUUACUCCGUCUCCGAGACAGAAACAGGGUACAGACACACUUCUUCGCAGACGUCAUACAGGCCCAUAACAAGUUGUUUGAGAGUGCAGACACCCUGAAGUCUCAGAAUGUCCAGCUACAACUGCAAACAGAGAGACUGAAACAAGACAAACUAGACCUGGAAGUGAAAGUCUUAGAUUCAAGUGCAAAUUCAGGAACUGGCAAAGGAGAGAAGACCCAAGCACUGGAACAGAAGCUCUUCAAACUACAGGAAGAACUCACUGAGCUACACAGAAGAAAAGGAGAAAAUGCCCAGCAGAUCAUCGACCUGAACAGUGCUCUACAGGAGAAGGAGAAGGUCCUGUCUGAGAAGGAGAACAGACUGCUGGACACAGAAACUCACCUGGAGGCUCUGAAAGCUGAAUGUCGAAACCUGGAGCAGGCUAUUCUGGAGAAGGAUGCUCUGCACCAGGCAUUACGAGACGAGCACCAGGCCUUACAGAUGACCUUCAGUGCCCUUGAGGACAAGUUGCGGAAGACGCAGGCCGAGAACCAGGACCUCGUCGAGAGAUGGCUGCAGCAGAAGUCUAGAGACGCCGACAAAAUGAACUUUGAAAACGACCAAAUGGCCAGAAAAAGACAAGCCAAACUUCAGAGAGAAUUAGCAGAGGCUGCCAAGGAACCCAGCCCUCCCCUAAUGGACAAGCCUGGGUCUAGGAAGAAAGUUCACUUUCGGAAAAAAUCGGAAUCUGGACCGAGGUCUCCAGAGAAUGGUCAACCAGACCCGAUGGUACCCCCUGGCUCACCAAUAACCAAGAUGUUCAACUCGUCCACAUCGGAGGCCCCUGUUAACCCUGGACAUGUUGGCUUUAUUGAAUCCAUUGCAGGAUUACUGGCCGGUAAAAAAAGGUCGUCUUCACAUGAUGACGGUUUCGAACCCCAGACCUCUGCUGCAGGUGCACCGCCCCGGCACUAUGUCACAGUCACUCUUCCUUCAACAGCUAUUCACAAGGCAGAUGGCCAUGAUGGAGAAGUCAAUGCUGUCCGCUUCAGCCCUUCAGGGAGAAUAGUAGCCACAGGAGGGACGGACAGGAAACUCAAACUGUGGGAAAUCAUGAACCGUAAACUUGACUCCAAAGCUGUCCUAACUGGAAGCAAUGCUGGAAUCAUGUCAGUGGAGUUUGAUCCACAGGAGAACUACAUUUUGGGAGCUUCUAAUGACUUUGCUAGUAGGGUUUGGAGUGUAGCUGAUUACAGACUAAGACACACCCUGACAGGUCACAGUGGGAGAGUCAUGGCAGCCAAGUUCCUGGGAGACUCCAGCAGAGUGGUGUCCGGCAGCCAUGACAGGACACUCAAGAUCUGGGACCUCAGGAGCAGGGCAUGUAUCCGAACCAUUUUUGCUGGUUCCAGCUGUAAUGACCUCGUGACCUCUGACCUCUCGGGCACAAACAUUAUCAGUGGCCAUUUUGACAAGAGGAUAAGAUUUUGGGACACCAGAGCAGAAUCCAGUGCCAAUGAGAUCACACUACAGGGAAAAAUCACUUCUCUGGAUCUAUCACUAGACAAUAAAUACCUGCUGAGCUGCUCGAGAGACGACUCCCUGAAGCUGAUAGACCUGAGAAUGAAUCAAGUGACGGGGACAUUCUGUGCUGAUGGGUUCAAAGUUGGCUGUGAUUGGACGAGAACAAUAUUCAGUCCUGAUGCCCAGUAUGUUGUAGCAGGGUCGUCAGAUUGUAGUAUUUUCAUCUGGAACAUCACAACCUUCAGAUUAGAGAAAACACUAAAGGAACACAAUUCUUCAGUGAUAGCGUGUUCCUGGCACCCCAGUGGGAUGAUGAUGGUCAGCUGUGACAAGAACAAAAAGGUGACGCUGUGGUCGGACAUGUGAGUCUGUAGCCAUGGGGUCACACCAACAAAAACAUCAGCAGCACAAGAAACUGUUCUACAGGAAACAAAAUGAUGGCUAACUUAAAAUCAGAUCAUGGUACCUUGUGUAAUGGCUCCCUCCCUGAGGUGUGGCCAAAAAUUACCAGAUGUACAAUCAAUGUUACAGUAAUAGUUAGGUGUACCCAUUUUGAAGCACAUCUCCACCAUUCCUACAUGGCAACACACACUUUUUGAUAUCGUUCUGCUGUAAUUGGCAAAUGCUAAACCAAAAACAGUGCCUGUUGCUACCACCCUCUUGAACCAGGGUAUUAAAGAUGUAACCUUAUCUCUAACAGACUUUAAUCUUUCACAAAACAAAGAAGUAUUCAAAAGACUUCCCAUUGGUUGUUUACUGAGGCAACCUUGGAGUUCUUGUCUCUCAUUGGUCAGUUCAAAGAUCACAGGUGGAAGAAGUUGUUGAAAGAGGGCAUCAGUUGAAGUCAUGACAAUUCAAAUUUGGGGACAAAACAUCUCCAUUUAUAGCUGGCUUUCUAUGCUAAUACUCGUCAUUUUGUGAAAGAUUAAAGUAAUUUGGGGAAGAAUUCUGGGAAUAUUGCUGAACAAGGACAUGCUAGGAACUGCAAGUACAGGUGACUUUGUUGUCACAGACAAUAGGAAUACCUACUUUUAUCUAGGAGAAUUCUGGUAAUAAAAUACCACAUCUUGAAGCUAGGUAACUUCAUAUUGAUAUAUAGAUGUAGUUAUUGCUUCUUUUAAAAUUUUGGCUUCACCAUUUUUGCAAGCCGUGUAUGAAUUCUUCAAAAUACUUAUCACCAAAGACGUAAAAAAAUUAUGUGUAUGCCUGCCUGUUUUCAUAAUUCCAUUUCUAUGAAAUGUAGCAGCAUUUAAUUAGCUACACUAGCCUUCGAAAUAUUUUGUGUAUGGAUUUGAAGGAUAUCACAAAAUCACUAAAACGCAAGAAGAUAAGAGGGUUGAUCUUCAGUCAUAAUGCUUCUUUGAUGGCUAGUAUGUAAUGCCGCUAUGCAGAAAUGAAUAAACGUUACCGUCAGAAAUAAGAUUUUGUAGCCUUAGGCCACACUAAUUGGAUUUUUGCAGAACAUUGAUGGAGCAAGCGAUUGGGGAAAAUAGAAAUGAAAACAGCUGUCUGUGAUACUAGUAUAUCCCCAUGCCUCCACCAUGUGUCAGAAACUUGAAGAUAUGUAUAAACCCAUAAAAGAAAAUUAUAACGCAACAGCUUACAAAUAAUUUCCAUUUCCAUUAAUACAACUGCGAAUGUUGGUAUCGAAAUAUGAGCAUUUCUGGGUUGAUAAAUGGCUAGAAUGGUACAUAAUUUCAAAGCAGAAAAGAAGAAAGCAGAUGAAUUUAACCAAGAACUUCAAUUGGUGUGGCCUUUGGCACGGACUAAAUUUUCAUUGCUACGGUCUGUAGAUAGAUAGCUACAUCUAUGUUUAGCUCCAUUGUUGCAGUGGCAGAGUUGAAGCCAAAGCUAUGCCACUGUACAUGUGUUGUAUUUCUUCUGAAAAUGUUUGUACAUAUAUUGUUGUAAGCAAACACUGUUGCAAUAUCUUGUAAAUCUGCAUCGAAAGUAAAUAAUAUACGUAUAAAUAAUAUGCUGUAACAGUAAGCUACUGUAGCAGUAGCCUCUUCUAGAUAUACAUUAAUGUACUGCAUACAUUUGCAUUCUUGUCAUUUUUAUUGCAAGAAUAUAAAUUCCUUUACUUCUAUGCAGUUAUUUCAAUCAAAUUGUACAUUCUGAAUUUAUUGCCAUUAACGAUAUCAUUUAUGUAUUUUUCACGCCCUGUAUUGGUGAAUUUCCCCACAUGAUGUACAUGUAAAAUGGGAAUUAAA